AUGAGCAAGGUCCUAAUCCUUUUGCUGGUCCAAAUCGGCAUUGCCGCCGGCUUGAAUUGCUACCAAGGGCAGCAGAAUAACUCGGUGUCGGUUGUGGGAUCGGCGUUGACUUGUCCACAGAAUUCGAUGAGCUGCAUCAAGAGUGUGGAUAAUGCGACUGGGAUCGCGACCAGGGCUUGCCAACAGACUACUUGUUCGGUAAGUUUGGGGGAGGAUUAGUAAGCCUUAGGCAGUCAGGAGUAGGUAAGUUGAUUUAGCUAUCCACAGGAUUGACAUUAACCUCAAAGCGCUUGAAUUGUCAAUUAUUUCGAUACUGCAAGCACUGAAAAUAAUCUGUUUUUCAUUUCCUCGAUUUCUCACAAUUUUUUGGCAUUUCUCAACUUGUUAAGAAAUUCACAACAAGAAAGUUCAUAUUUUAGUAGACAGGUUGUUUGGCGAUCUUACGAUACCUACCAUAGGACGCACGUGAUUAAUACAAUAUUCAAAGAACCGCCUGUUUAUAAUUCUGACGGAUAAUAUAUACUAGAAUUGUAUUAGAAAAAGAGUGCUGACAGCAUACUGAAUAGGUUACCAUGUAGGCUUUUUUUCUCUUUUUCUCCAACUUCUCCGACUUUCUCCCCCAUUUCCGUCUCUAGCGAUUAGAGUGUUUUACAUUAUGAUCCGUUCAGCAACUGUUCCAGUUCUCCAAUACCGGUUACCAACAGACCACCCAGAUGCAGACCAAUAACACCACUGUUGCGGCCUGUCAGCCCACCAGCACCGGGCUUAUGUGUUGCUGUACCGGCGAUGGUUGUAAUGCCGCCAUGGGAACACCCACCACGUUUGGAGUUCUCUCAUUGGCCUUGUUCGGCAGCUUCCUGGCCUACGUUGUCAAAUUCUAA